AUGGCGAAAAGUAGAAAAGAUGGUAUCGGACGUGACGUCACGGACAUGUCGAUGGGCGGCGUAUCGGCAAUGUUCGCGACCCUAUUCACCAAUCCAAUCGAAGUUGUGAAGACUCGCCUCCAACUGCAAGGCGAGCUCGCGGCUCGGGGACAGCAUGCCGUGUUUUAUCGCAACGUGCCCCAUGGGCUGUUCGUCAUUGCCAGGACAGAGGGGCUGAGGGCGUUGCAGAGUGGAUUACCCGCGAUGCUCGGAUUUCAAUUCUUCCUAAACACAUUCCGCCUAGGUGUGUACCGUAUAACGGAACGUCGCGGCUUCAUAACAGGGCCCGACGGACGUGUUUCCGCGGCGAAGGGUGCACUGGCCGCUGCCGCUGGGGGCGCGCUGGGGUCGGUGGCGGGGACGCCCUUCUUCCUCGUGAAGACCAGGCUGCAGGCGCAAGCGGCCAAGGCCAUAGCGGUCGGCCACCAGCACCGACACAGCGGCACGCUCAGUGCCCUAGUCGGUAUAUACAGGAGCGAGGGAGUCAAAGGUCUGUUCCGGGGCGUGCACCCGCAGAUACCGCGCGGGGCGGUCGGCAGCAGCUCGCAGAUGGUCAGCUUCGCCUACGCCAAGCAGCGUCUACUGGACCGCGGGGUUUUUGCGGACUCGCCGCUGAUGCUGUCGUUCCUCGGCGCCAACCUCGGCGGCGUCGCGAUGACCGUCUGCCUCAAUCCGUUCGACGUGAUCGCGACGAGGCUGUCGAAUCAGCCCGUCGACAGCAAUAAUAAGGGCACGUUAUAUCGCGGCAUGGUCGACUGCUUCUUGAAGAUGCUCAGGUCAGAAGGAGCCGGUGCAUUUUACAAGGGUUUGGGGGCCAAUUAUCUGCGUUUGGGUCCUCACACGGUCUUAUUGCUGGUCUGCUGGGACCAACUCAAAAUUUUCGAAGAAUACUUAAGAAGA